AUGGUAUUUGCAUUUAAGUCAAUCUAUUUAUCACUGCUAGCUGCCUGUGGUAAGGACCAUAGUAUUAAGAUUAUUGGGCCUAAUCCAAUCUUUAUACAAGAGGAUGAUCCGGAUGGCAUUUUGACAUAUGGAGAGGAAGAUUCUGAAGAUCCACUAGGAUCCAGUGACAGACGUGGGAAACAUUUAUCACAAAAUCUACUUUUAAAGCCCACGGAAACAGUUGUGGAUGAUAACGAUGACGAAGAUACACUGGCAUGCCCGACUGGCUGCCAUCUGCCUCGGCCUCCUGGAGACGUUGUAGACGCGGCUGCAAUGCGUCGCCGCGCAGCACCCAUCUUGAUGGAUUGCUCUUCAUCCGCUGGUGGCUAUGAAAGUUAUGUCAACGCACGCACUUUCAGAGCCGCUCAGCCUCCCUUAUUGCUUUCGGGCUUCAUAGGACUCUCGGGGGAUCUACCCGAUGCCAUCACUUUAUAG